AUGGUGAUUCCUACGAAGUCAACUCAAUCUACCGAUGACACAAAAGGUAUUCUUCUGUUCAAUGAUAGCCAAAAGUUAGGGAUAGGUGAUCUUUCAAGAUACAAGAUUACCCUUGAUAAGAAACAAUUGGAUGGGCAAGGCAUUUACGCUACUGAAUUGUUUAUUAGAAUCAAGAAUGAGGAAAGCCCAUUGCUUCGGCCUGUUUAUAUCACUGGGCCGUAUGCAUUCUACGUCGAUAUUAGGCCUCAUAAUUAUCAUGAAGAUGAAAGGUUUGAUGGCGAAGAAGAAAUUGCCUUUUGUGAAGAUUUAAAACCUGAUGAGAGAUUUAAAAAAAGAAUAUUUUUAAAUGAAUAUUCACGUGUUGAAGGAACUGACACUUAUUCUUGGACAAUUGAUAUCAUUUCACAAUUAGCUGUGCUAACGCACCCAAAAUUGGAGUAUAGUAUUAGAAUUGCAACAACCAGGAAGAAAACGAAAAAAGGCCCCAAGAACUCUCAACCGAUGAAAAUAAGAGGAGUCGAUAUUAAACUAUGGGAUACGACGUCAUUAUGGGAUCUGCCACCAAAAUUUCCUGAAAGACCAGUUCAUCUUGUCAUGAUGACUCAUGGUAUAUUUUCAAAUAUUGGAUGUGAUAUGCUUUAUAUGAAGGAUAAAAUAGAAGAAAUUACAAACUCUAUAGACGAUUCGAUUAAUCCCAAUGUAGUUGUGAGGGGUUGUAUACAAAAUAUGGGUAAAUCUUCAUAUGGUGUACAUUAUUUAGGGAAAAAAGUGGCUCUAUAUAUCAUUGAAUUAUUAGAAAAUUUGAAUAAAAAAUACAAAGUCGACAAAAUAUCAUUUAUUGGCCAUUCAUUGGGUGGUCCCACUCAAUCAAUGGCUGUUCAUUACUUAAGUGUGAAAAGACCUGAUAUAUUUGAUCCGCAAAGUGGUAUAAAACCAAUUAAUUUUAUUACAUUAGCAAGUCCAUUCAUUGGUGUUAUUGGAGAUUUCCCACUUUAUGUUUCAAUGCCAUUAGAUUUCGGGGCACUUGGUCUUACUGGAAGAGAUUUAAAUCUCAAAUAUACACCUUUAACUUCUAAAGAUGGACUCACUAUUGGUGAUGGACCACCACCAAGGAAAUUAAUAAUGGAAAUUCUUCCUGAACCACCAGCAUUAGCUGUUUUCGAAAGGUUUAUCCAUAGAACUUUAUAUGCAAACAUUGUACAUGAUGGUAUAGUACCCUUAAGAACAGCUGCACUUUUAUAUUUGGAUUGGAAUAGUUUAGCAAAAGUAAAAAAAAUACAAAAGAAAUCAGUUGCUGCAUUACCUACUGACUCACAAUCAGAAUUUUCAUCACCAACUCCUACUCCAACGGGAACUAUGUCACCAAGCCCCAAUGCUCAACAUGAUACUGCUACGGGGGAGAUUCCUAGCGAAGAUCUGGACAAACAAGCUGCCUUAAAAUGGGCCCUGCCGCAAGCAUUUGUUCACUCUAACAAAGUAAGAAAGUUUAAAAGAGGCCAAGUCAUAGAAUCGGAAGAAGAAUCUACAUCAGGAAACGGAUCUAGUCCUUCUCCAGCUGAACAAUUCAAGCCGCCCCCAGAAGCAUCAACGAUGUUGUCUGCAUUAUCUGUGUUAACAGCUCCUGUUCCAAGUCAAAGAUAUAUAAAGAAUCCUGCCUUAAGAUCAGAUGCUGUUGUACAUGACAAAAUGUAUUAUCCUGAGGAACUACCUCCACCACAUUAUGAAGAUAGACCAUUAAUUAAAAAGGUAAUUUAUCCAAAUGAAAGUAUUAAUAGGAUACAAGAACGUAUUGCAAGGAAAUGGCAAUUGACAAUGCCAUGGAGGAAAGUUUUAGUUAAAAUAAAACCGGACUCGCAUAAUAAUAUAGUUGUUAGGAGACGAUUCGUUAAUUUAUACGGUAACGUUGCGAUCUUACAUAUGGUACAAGAGCAUUUUGGACCUGAAGCGUGUGAAAAAUACUCUCAAAUACAAUAG